AUGGGCUCUUACCGUAAACGACGUCAAUCACCGGAAAGUGACGAAGAGUUUCGGGAAUCAACACCUACUCCUUCAGACACUGAUGAGUCUGUGGUGUCAGUCCCUAAGUUGAAAAAACACUCGAGCAAACGUCGCAAACAAGAAGAGCGAGACGACCCGCGAGACCGUCCAUCGACCAUUCUGCUUCACCAGGGGAUGGCGAGCGAGUACUCUUCGGACAACCUGAAGUUGCGGCGGCUCUUGUGCAGCGUCUUUUCAGACCAUCUGAAUUCGUGUGUAGAGGAGAAGAGCCCCCGGACAGGGGAGGAUGACGAGGAUGAAGGCGACGACGGUGGGGACGGUGACUGUGAGGGUGACAGUGAUGGCGAGCAUGCCACUGAUGAGGAGGAGAUGAGCGAAGACGGGAAAGAGUCCUGA